UCCCCCAAUUUUCUAUAAUCCUUCGUCAAUCUUUCAUUUAGGGUUUCAGAACUCUAUACUCUACUUCUCAUCAGAUUCCCCAUACAACAACAAUGGCGGAAGAGGACGUCCAUUACGCAUCAGAGGUUGGAACCAACAAGAGGAAGUACGAGGAAGAGCAGACUAUUUCCCGUAAACCCACUGGAUUCUCUGCCCCGAUUUCUUCCCAAUCACCUGAUGCUUCUUACAACACCGUUCCUCCGCCUAUGGAUGAUUUCCAGCUCGCUAAGCAGAAGGCUCAGGAAAUCGCCGCUAGGCUAUUGAACACCGCGGAGCCCAAAAAAGCGCGAGUUGAUAACGGCUCUGGAUUUGAUUCUGUCGAACACAAACCCUUUGUUAAUCCAGCUGUGACAAAUUCAUAUGGUUAUCCGGGGCCAAGCAAGAAGAUUGAGGUACCAAAUGCUAGAGUUGGAGUGAUCAUAGGCAGGGGUGGGGAGACAAUCAAGUAUCUUCAACUACAGUCUGGAGCCAAGAUUCAGGUUACUCGAGACAUGGAUUCUGAUCCACAUUCUCGUACUAGGGGGGUUGAACUCGUGGGUACACCAGAGCAAAUUGCUAAGGCUGAACAAUUAAUUAGUGACGUUCUUUCUGAGGCUGAUGCAGGAGGUUCAGGCAUAGUUUCCCGGAGGAUAACUGGACAGGUUGCUGGGGCAGAACAAUUUGUAAUGAAAGUCGCCAACAACAAGGUUGGUCUUAUUAUUGGCAAAGGAGGUGAAACCAUAAAAAAUAUGCAAGGAAGGACUGGAGCGCGUAUUCAGGUGAUUCCUCUACACUUGCCUCCAGGUGAUACAUCAACAGAAAGGACAGUACAAAUUGAUGGAUCAACUGAACAGAUUGAGGCUGCUAAGCAGCUGGUGUAUGAAGUUACUAGUGAGAAUCGUGUUAGAAAUCCAGGAAUGGCUGGAGGAUAUCCUCAACAAGGUUAUCAAACUCAACCUCCUGCAAGCUGGGCUCCUCCUGGUGCGCAGAUGCAACAACCUGGUUAUGGUUACCUUCAACCUGGAGCAUAUCCAGGUCCAUCUCCCCAAUAUAACAGGUCUCAACCACCCUACCCUGGUUACCCUCCACAACAGGCCUCUGGUGGAUAUGCCUCUGGUUGGGAUCAGACAACUGCACCAAAUCAACAAACGUCUCAGGCAGGUGGUUAUGAUUACUAUAGUCAGCAGGCACCCCCACAACAGCAACAAACACCUGGAGGUUCAGCUGCUUCAACUGAUACUACUGCCUACGGUUACAAUCAGCCUUCAGCCACAGGUUACAACCAGGGACAGAGCUACUCCCAAGAUGGCUACGGCGGAUAUCAUGCACCUGCUGCUCACUCUGGUUAUCAGGGUACUGGUUAUGAUCAGCAACAAGGUUAUAGCUCUACUCCAAGCUAUGGUAAUGUACCGAACCCAACUUCUGAUGGCCACAACACUUCACAUGGUACGCAAGGUGAUGGCAGUCAAGCACCUGCACCAGCUCAGUCUUCAGCCGUGGGCCAACAAGGCUAUCAGUCUGGCCAGCAGCCCAGCCCUACUCCUAGUUACCCAUCUCAAGGCUCUACUCAAGCUGGGUAUGGGAUGCCACCUACUUCCCAAGGUGGGUAUGGCACCCAGUCAGCAGCAGGUUAUGGGCCCCCUCAAGCCCAAAAGCCUCUGACUAGUCUUCCAGCUUAUGGUCAGCCUCAGCAAUCUCCUAGUGCACAAGGUGGCUAUGCCCAACCUCCACCGGUGCAGCCCGGGUAUCCACAGGCAGCAACUGCUCAAUCAGGUUAUGGUCAGGGUGAUUCUGGGACUCAGCGACCUCCAUCCUCUUAUGGCACUCCAACAGCUCACCCUGGAUAUGGGGCUGCUAGCUAUGGACAGCAGCCACCACCUUACAGUAGUGCCUAUGCUGGCGGUUAUGUGCAGCCUCCGGCAGCGUACUCUUCUGAUGGCAAUGGUGUUGCAAAUCCGACAUCCCAGUCUGUUCAACCUAGUCUGGGGGGGGUUCCAAAAGCCUCACCUCAGAGUUAAUGGAUGCUACUUGGAAGGAUUAAGUGAUAGCUAGCUCCUUUAUAUAAAGAUUGUUUCCAUAUUUUGUUAUGCUUUACUUGGGUAUUAUGUUUAGGUUUCUGGUGUAUUAAGAGAGUCUGAAACUUCAGUUGAAGUUUGUUUGUCUCGAGUUACUUAUAUGUUCAUGUUGGUCAAACCUCUUUUCUUCUCUCUAAUAUAAAAACUCUUAAAAGGA